AUGUCCACACGAGCCCUUGUCACCACAUCUUUUGAGUCACCUUAUGUGUCUCUAGAUCUUCUUUCAUACUUGAAAUCUAGGCAGGUCACACCAUUCCAAAUUUUCAAUGAGGUUAUCAUGCCAGAUUUUCUCCACCAAAUGUCCGAGUUGAAACAGCUUGUUGAACACUGCCGCAGCUGCGGCAGCGGCAGCAGCACCACCAACAACAAUGGCGAUGAUACCAUCGUUGAGGAGGACUCCUACCUGCAAGGGAUGUUUGAGGAAAUUCAGAAUGAUCUCAUCUACAUCAAAAAGGCCUGUGUGAAAUUUAAGCAGUGGGAGAAAGAUGAAGUAAACAUUUCUAUGAAAGGUUUAGUUUUCCGGGCCUUGGAUGAUGCCUUUAAACAAAGAACAAGGUCACAAGAACGUAGAGAAGAAACCAGUUAUCUCAGGGACAAGCUCGUUAAAACUCACCAUCUUGUCUCCAUGUUAAAGAAGUCUCUGCAUUCUUCUCCGCAACUCUCUUCAGGCAAUUUGAAAUCCCAGAGCCUACAACGUGCAAAACAUUCCAUGAUCCGUUGGGAAUUGAACCUUCAUGGUCGCUCAGUUUAUUUACCAACCAAAUUGCAGGAAAUAGAGGCGGAGAGUUCAACAUUCAAAGAAAUAGAGGCGGUGUACAAUGGUCUAGAUGUCACAUUGAAGCUCUGUUUCCUCUGUUUCUCAGUGUUCCCUGAAAAUGCUGUCAUAAAGAAGAAGGUGUACAAAAAGCGAAGACCAAGUGCUGACAGCUGCAGCAUGGACCCUUCUAUUCGUUAUGCUGCGAUCAAGCUUGCAAAGAGAGCUGGAUUCUUCAGUUUUGAUAGCAAUGGAAAUCCCACUGAAGAUUUUACUUGUUCUAGGAGGGCAUGCCUUGUAAAAACUGAAGAAGGGUCUUCUGUACACGAAUUGCCAUACCGAUUAGAACAGGAGAAGGUCCAAAGUAUAAUCAAUGUGAAUGAGCCUAAUCUUGACUUUAGACCUGAAUGGUUCUCCAAGAUGAAAUACGUCGCAGUUUUGCAGCUUGGGAGAUGGGAGAGCUCAGCCAAGCCUCUUAUUCAAGUGGAGGACAGUGAGUUCUUAAAAGGGUUGAAGAAUAUGAGACACCUUCGGUACUUAAGCCUUCGAGGAGUCUCUAGAAUUACGGAGCUUCCUGCUUCAAUUCGCAAACUCUGCAAUCUGAGGAUCCUGAACCUCAAUGGUUGUGUUGAUUUGGAGCAGCUCCCUCAAGGGAUAGGCUCACUCAAGAACCUGACACACUUGGAUAUGUAUGAGUGUUACUUGAUCAGCCACAUGCCUAAAGGACUUGCUUUGCUCUCACAACUCCGAGUGCUUAAAGGGUUUGUGAUUGGUGAGCCAAGGCCUGGAGGCAACUACUGUAAGCUGGCUGAUUUGUCAGGCGUGGAAAAUUUGAGGAAAUUGAGUAUCCAUGUGGACAAAACGUCUGUUGCUGCAAAAAGAGAGCUCGUUUCUUUGGCAAAGUUCAAAAAGCUCCAAUCUUUAUCUAUAUCAUGGUCAAGACUUUAUGACACUCGAGCAAAGUUCAAAAAGCUCCGAUCUUUAUCUAUAUCAUGGUCAAGACUUUAUGACACUCCCAAAAAUCCAUUGAUGAUGGCUCCAGUUCCUGUUCCUUUGGUGAAACUUCCCUUGGUGAAACUUAACCUCCAUUACUUCCCUGGUUCUAAUAUUCCUGAUUGGCUAAUGCAAUGGGAAUUGAAUAACCUAAAGAAGCUCUAUAUCAGGGGUGGAAGCCUCUCAAAUCUGUGUCACGGGAAAGAAGGCAAUUAG